UGCGCACUCCCAGGGAGACCUGGAGAGGGGCCGGGCGCGCGAGCGGAACCCGGACUCUGCCCAAAGUCUCGCCUUCCCGCCGGCUGUUUUCUGGCGGAGGGUGUGCCCCGGAGGGCGGCGAUAGCGGGGGAAGGCUGGGGCCAGGCGCGGGUGGAGGCGUCACCGGGGUCGGGCUAGCAGGCCCUGGAAUCGGGCUUUUGGGACACCCGAAAGCUGCAGAUUCCCUCGGGCUCAGGGAGCCGCAGGAAGACCGGCCAGGAGGCGCCAUGGAGGGGAGUCCCAUCCCGGUGCUGACGGUGCCCACCGCGCCCUACGAGGACCAGCGGCCGGCCGGCGGCGGGGGUCUGCGGCGACCCACCGGCCUCUUCGAGGGCCAGCGCAACUACCUGCCCAACUUCAUCCAGAGCGUGCUGUCGUCCAUCGACCUGCGCGACCGCCAGGGCUGCACCAUGGUGGUGGGCAGCGACGGCAGGUACUUUAGCAGGACGGCCAUCGAGAUCGUGGUGCAGAUGGCCGCGGCCAACGGGAUUGGACGACUGAUUAUUGGACAGAAUGGAAUCUUGUCGACACCUGCCGUCUCCUGCAUUAUCAGGAAGAUCAAGGCAGCUGGUGGAAUCAUUCUAACAGCCAGCCACUGCCCUGGAGGACCAGGGGGCGAGUUUGGAGUGAAGUUUAAUGUUGCCAAUGGAGGUCCUGCACCUGAUGUUGUCUCAGACAAAAUCUACCAAAUCAGCAAAACGAUUGAGGAAUAUGCUAUAUGUCCUGAUCUGCGAAUCGACCUAUCUCGACUAGGAAGACAAGAAUUUGACCUAGAGAACAAAUUCAAACCAUUCAGAGUGGAGAUAGUGGACCCAGUGGAUAUCUAUCUCAACCUCCUUCGGACCAUCUUUGACUUUCAUGCCAUCAAGAGUUUGCUGACUGGGCCCAGCCAACUAAAGAUUCGCGUUGAUGCAAUGCAUGGAGUUAUGGGACCUUAUGUGAGAAAAGUUCUGUGUGAUGAGCUGGGGGCCCCAGCCAAUUCUGCAAUAAACUGUGUUCCCCUGGAAGACUUUGGAGGGCAGCACCCUGACCCAAACCUGACAUAUGCAACAACUCUUCUGGAAGCAAUGAAAGGAGGAGAAUAUGGAUUUGGAGCUGCAUUUGAUGCUGAUGGGGACCGUUAUAUGAUCCUAGGCCAAAAUGGCUUCUUUGUGAGCCCUUCUGACUCCCUGGCCAUCAUUGCUGCCAACCUCUCUUGCAUUCCAUAUUUCCGUCAGAUGGGGGUCCGCGGGUUUGGGAGGAGUAUGCCAACCAGCAUGGCCCUGGACAGAGUGGCCAAAUCAAUGAAGGUCCCUGUAUAUGAGACCCCAGCUGGAUGGAGAUUCUUCUCAAAUCUGAUGGACUCAGGACGGUGCAAUCUGUGUGGGGAAGAGAGCUUUGGCACUGGCUCUGACCACCUCCGAGAGAAGGAUGGCCUGUGGGCUGUCUUGGUCUGGCUCUCCAUUAUUGCUGCCCGGAAGCAGAGUGUGGAGGAAAUUGUCCGAGAUCACUGGGCCAAAUUUGGCCGCCACUACUAUUGCAGGUUUGACUAUGAGGGGUUGGAUCCCAAGACGACAUAUUAUAUCAUGAGGGACCUGGAGGCCCUGGUCACAGACAAAUCCUUCAUUGGCCAGCAGUUUGCUGUGGGGAGCCAUGUCUACAGUGUGGCGAAGACGGAUAGCUUUGAAUACGUGGACCCUGUGGAUGGCACUGUGACCAAGAAACAGGGCCUGAGGAUUAUUUUCUCGGAUGCAUCACGGCUCAUCUUCCGGCUCAGUUCCUCCAGUGGUGUGCGGGCCACCCUCAGACUGUACGCAGAGAGCUACGAGAGGGACCCUAGCGGCCAUGACCAGGAGCCACAGGCAGUGCUGAGCCCUCUCAUAGCCAUCGCACUGAAAAUAUCCCAGAUUCAUGAGAGAACUGGCCGGAGGGGACCCACUGUCAUCACCUGAGCAGAGGAAAGAUCACUCACCAGGGCCAAAGAGAGUGCUCAGCGGGAGAUGCUUCACUGAUGCCUUCUUGCUACCUGUUUGUGCCUCUUAUGACUUUGGAAAAACAAAAGA